ACGUCAGUUUGUUUUUCUUAGUAAAUUAGUUGUAAUGUCGUACAUAAAACGUCAGUCGAAAAAGAAAUCCAGAACGAGGCUUCCGCUUAAAACUGGAUACUUUAAUUUCGGCAGACGUUAGGUAAACGACUUGGUAGUACGUAUACAGUUUAUACACAUUGAGGUCUGCAGCAAGGUUCGACAAGUUUGUCGACACCUUGAAUCCAGUCGACAAUGGUGUUCACUAUUGGAGUAGAAAACGACAAUUUGAAGUUCGUCAAGUGGACAAUUCCAUUAAAAAAGAAAAUCAAAAGUGCUAAAAAAUUCUAUUUUACUGAAUUAAAUAGGCAAAACGGUGAAAGGGAUGAAAAACAAUUUCAGCUGACUCGUUUCACCAAUUACACUUCUCACUACAAUCUCUCAUGGUCGCACGGCCAUGUUGAAUUUAAUCAAGAUUUCAAAGGAAAACUUGAACUCGACAUCAAGAUUUGUUUGCAAGAAGUCAAAAGCAGUAUCGACAACUCGACAUCGACCGAAACUAUUCCGGAUUACCACCAUUCACCGUGCGAAGUUUGGGUAUCCGCCAACAGUGAGAAAUAUUUUCUGAAAAAGUCGAGUGAUUCCGAUUAUUGGAAAUCGGAAUUCUUCCGUUUAGAUAUUCAGGACUCAAUGAAUUCUUCAUCAAUCUUCUUAGAAAUUUGGAUCAAAUUUAACCCCUUCGACGUCAGAGAGAUGAGCGCGCAUCAAAACUUGGCAGACUAUUUGUUUGUCGAGCAAACCAACUGUGACGUCAAAUUUUGUUUUGACGACGGCCGUCAAAUUGGCGGUCACAAGAGAAUCCUGUCAGCCAGGAGUCCCGUAUUCGCAGCCAUGUUCAAAUACGACAUGCAAGAAGCCAAAACGGGAAAAGUUUCCAUCAAAGACUUUGACCUAGAGACUUUCAGAGAACUUUUACACUUCAUUUACUUGGGACGGACGAGUGAACCUCUGGACGCAAGUAAAGCUCAGCCACUGUUUCUGGCGGCAGACAAGUACGACAUUUUGGACUUGAGGGAGGAUUGUUCCCGAAAAUUGCUCUCAUCCAUCCAAUUGUGUAACGCAAUUGAAUUGAUGAUCUGGGCGCACAACAACUCAGUCGAUCACGUCAAAGAAGCGGCUCUUGAAAUUAUGGUUCGAAACGGCAAAGAGAUUUGCUUGCAGCAAGACUGGGAAAUGUUAACCAUACUUCAUCCUGAACUCUGCCCGCUGGCAACUCGACGCAAUGACGCAUGAUGGAAAUAGCGCAGUUUCCAGCAGUUAAAAGAAAGGCGAGUAAUUAAUUCCUUGCAAUACUACAGUUUAAUGAAUUUAUGUUCCGAAUUUAUAGUAAUCAGAGACGAAAAAUAAACUGUU